AAUACUUUCUUGCCCCACUGUACAUAUAUAUCAGUAGAAGCAUUUAAGUUCCAUCUUUAAAACUCAUUUGUAUACUCAAGCCUAUAUAAAUAGACCCCCCUUUUAGACCAGUUGAUUUGCUGUUUCUUUUAUGCUCUGCCCCCUCUCCUUCGUGGAGGAAGGAGCGUGGGCUCAGGUCCGGUGGCCAAGGAUGAAGCCCUGGCUGUCCAAAGUCAGGACCCGGGGUGGACCGCUCUUCUGUGCAUCGGUUGGGGACACCUCUGCACUGCUGACCUGUCUCCACUCGGGAUGGUCUCCUCCUGGCCCCUCUAUGGACUGGACUCUCGCUAUUAUGUAAGAUCCACUGUGGACUGGACUCUCACAAGAUUAUGUUAGAUCCACUCAACGUCCGUUGCACCGGUCGCCCAGGGGCGUCCCCACAUCUGCGGUCCCCUCCAAGGUUUCUCAUUGUCCUAUCGGGUUGAGUUUUUAUCAUAUCACGUCUAUACUGCCAUAAUAUGAUAUUCGCCUAUAUUCCUGUGCACUUAUGAUGUGACUAAGGUUUUACUACUUACGUAUAAAAUACUAAAUGGUCUAUCUCCAUACUAUCUUGCUGAUUGUAUUGUACCAUAUGUCCCCGUCAGAAAUCUAUGUUCUAAGAACUCCCGUUUAUUAGUGAUGGCCAGAGACCAAAAAAAGUUUUUGGGCUAUACGUUUUCUAUUCGGGCUCCAGUACUCUGGAAUACCCUCCCGGUAACAGUUAGAGAUGCUACCUCAGUAAAAGCAUUUAAAUCCCAUCUUUAAUCUCAUUUAUACACCUUAGCCUUAGAUUAGAUCCUUUUUCAGACCAGUUGAUCUGCUGUCUCUCGUUUCUGCUCUGUCCCCCUCUCCUGCGUGGAGAGGUUAUAGGGUUUUCACGGAGAAGGCGCUAGCUGUUCUAAGUCGGAAUUUGGGAUGGACCACUCAUCAAUUGAUGAUAUAUACAAGAGGAUCCCCUGCUGGCCUCCCUAUGGACUGGACCAUUUCCCCUCGACCCCAAUCUGCAGUCCCUUCCAAGUUUUAAUGCUAGAUGAGUGAAGUGGGUGUGGCUUCUCACCAGCCUGACCAUCCUGACUGACUGACGGAUCUCUGGAUGACCUUGCCCCCACCCCUGUCCCUGCGCUCACACACACCGUUACCACAGCAAUGUCACAUCUGCCCAGCAGCUCAGUCCGUGACCAUAUGAAAUGGGCGGGUCUGCUUGGCUGUGAAGCUGUGCUGUCCAGCAUGGCUCUGAUGCAGGCUAGCACCAUGGCAGCUCCCCCCAAGAAAAUGAUGGCUCCACUUGGCCAUGCACCGCCACAGAGAGACGGACCUGACCGUGCUCCCCAGAGUCACAUGAUCCUCCCAUCUGGCAUGAGCUGUCCACCACUGGUUAGGACUGACCGGGAUUGGCACUCUAUGAAUGCUACCUUUCUGAUCCGGAAGGAAGGCGAUUUCCAAGCGCCGCGCCUGCUGGACGAGAAAGACAUGAGGACCAACGAGGACAUGCAGCAGAAAAAAAAGAACAGGAAAUCAGUGGCGCCCUGUAAAGUGAGAGAACAAGAGGGAAGGGGAGGGAAGGGCACAGGUGGAGAUGAGAACGGUCCGUCUUCCAAAGUGCAGAAAAACUUUAUUUGUGACCACUGUUACGGAGCAUUUAGGAGCGGCUACCACCUGAAGAGACAUAUCCUCAUUCAUACAGGGGAGAAGCCGUAUGCUUGUGCCGUAUGUGACAUGAGGUUUAUUCAGCGUUACCACCUGGAGAGACACAGCCUCAUUCACACGGGGGUGAAGCCGUACGCUUGCUCCAUGUGUGACAUGAGGUUCUUCCAACGCUACCAUCUGGCAAGACACAGCCUCACUCAUACUGGGGUGAAGCCAUACGCUUGCUCCAUGUGUGACAUGAGAUUUUUCCAACGCUACCACUUGGCAAGACACACCCUCACUCACACGGGGGUGAAGCCAUAUGCUUGCUCCAUGUGUGACAUGAGAUUUUUCCAGAGAUACCACCUGGCGAGACACACACUCACACAUACGGGGGUGAAGCCGUACGCUUGCUCCAUGUGUGACAUGAGGUUCUUCCAACGUUACCAUUUGGCAAGACACAGCCUCACUCAUACUGGGGUCAAGCCAUACGCUUGCACAAUGUGUGACAUGCGGUUUAUACAACGUUACCAACUGGAAAGACACAGUCUCACUCACACAGGGGUGAAGCCGUACGCUUGCACCAUGUGUGACAAGAGGUUUUUUCAGCGCUACCACCUGGCGAGACACAGCCUCACUCAUAUGGGUGUGAAACCUUAUGCUUGCACCAUGUGUGACAUGAAGUUUUUUCAGCGUUACCACCUGGCGAGACACAGCCUCACUCAUACCGGUGUGAAACCUUAUGCUUGCACCAUAUGCGACAAGAGGUUUUUUCAGCGCUACCACCUGGCGAGACACAGCCUCACUCAUAUGGGUGUGAAACCUUUCGCUUGCACCAUGUGUGACAUGAGGUUUUUUCAGCGCUACCACCUGGCCAGACACAGCCUCACUCAUACUGGUGUGAAACCUUAUGCUUGCACCAUGUGCGACAAGAGGUUUUUUCAGCGUUAUCACCUGGCAAGACACAGCCUCACUCAUAUGGGUGUGAAACCUUUUGCUUGCACCAUGUGUGACAUGAGGUUUGUUCAGCGCUACCACCUGGCCAGACACAGCCUCACUCAUACGGGGGUGAAGCCGUAUGCUUGUUCCAUGUGUGACAUGAGGUUUAUUCAGCGUAACCACCUGGAGAGACACAGCCUCACUCAUACUGGAGAGAAGCCAUUUGCGUGCGACAUGUGUGAUAUGAGGUUUAUCCAGCGCUACCACCUGGAGAGACACAAGCGUGUGCACAGCGGGGAAAAGCCUUACCAGUGUGAGCGGUGCCAGCAGAACUUUUCAAGGACAGACCGACUGUUGCGACACAGACGCCUGUGCCAGGGCCGCGGCGUAGCGAAAGUGGAGAACCAGCCAUGUUGCGAGCCGCGCCCAUAUGCUCAAGAAGCUCCACCCGUUCCCCCGACCUGGAGCCCAAUGCACCCCCCACCGGGUCGUCUGGCCGUCUGACAUUCCCCCGUGAGCCAUGUUCACAUGGCCACACGAGACAGGAUCGGCUGCCGGGUGUCGCGCAAGCUCUGUGCUGAGUUGGCGCCGCUCUCUAGCGCAGACUGACAAUGCUGCUCCAGUCUUGGAUUACUAAUAACAGCGGAACAUUUGUUUUUUUAUGUUUUCUGACGUUAACUGUUUCUUUUUUUCCCCUCCAUAUUUUUUUAAUGACAAGACUUUUCUGUGAUGAAGAGUGUUCCUGUUUUGUACUUAACUCUGUUUUGCGUGUGGGGGGGGGAAACAUGUUUUCAUCGUUCUCGUAAAUCUACACUUGUUGGUACUCUAUCUACAAACAGUGAAAAGGGAAAAUCAAUUCCCUUGCUUGCCAUGGCAGCUGUUUUGUCAAUAGGAGUCACCAUGGCAACAUUAGCUUGACCAUGACUCCUAUUGAUGAAGUCAUCUGCUUUGCUUCUGAACGUCAUUAGAGGUGCACUGUCUGUAAAUAAUUGAUCACGCUAUUACGUCACAGUUGGAUUUAAGUGGUAUUUGUAAUCCGCCAAAUUAAGCCAUGAGUCUUGCAAACAAUGGGUGUUAAAGAAUAGCUAUAGAGCGAUGUUAACUGGGACUUUCAUUGAGUGUGACUGGCCUCACAGCUGUGCACGUACUGAUCAGUCAGGAAGAGGCGCAGCGCGACUUCUCCCAUCUGUUGCUUGUACAGAUUUCUCAUAUUGGCAUUUUUUUCUCUCUGUGAGAAUACUUCUUUUUUUUUUUUUUUGCCUUUUUCCUCAAUGGUUUAUUAUUGUGUAUCAGAUGUAUCAACAAAAGACAGCUUUUGAUGUCACGGUAGGCGUUUUCCCUCCAAACAGAGACACAGGAUGGUCUUUGACAAAAUGAUUCCAGUGACACUGAAGCUUGAGGGUUUUGACGGUUCGCUACGAGCAACAUUCUGCUACGCACUAACCGCUGCCUUUAGUAUGCAGAUAUUAUGUGCUUGGUGUGGGUUUUAGUGGAGGGGCGUCAUGUCAUCAUCGGGUGUAGCCUUCACAAAGCGCAUACACAAAUAAUCAUUGUAAUAAUCAAGUUUGUUAUAAAGGACAGCACUCCCUGCUGAUUUAUUCCUCAAACGUGACCCUUCUCGUGUACCCGUUUUGAGUCACACUCUUAAGCUGUGUAUGAAUAUGACUGAUCACUGUAGUUUCCUCAAUGCUUCCCAGGAUGAACAUAAAGAGGUUAUGUUCAGUACAAUAUAGUUGAAGAGCAUUUUGAAUACUAGCUUCAGUGUGCGGGGUCACAUUUGAGGAAUGCAUUGACACAAUUCCACCUCAUGUGCACAAAGGAUGCCGCUGGUGUGAUAUUUUGUUGUAAAGGACAAUACAGUACAUGGCGAACACAUUUUUUUGUUAUGAUAUUCAUAUUGUUUCCAUGCAGAAGAACCCUUAAAUAUCCACAAAUUUUCUCUCAGAUCACAUGUGAGUCUGACAUCCUCCAAGCCCCCCCAUUCUGUACUUUUAUUAUUUUUAAAUUGUAAACACUGGAGAGACGGGGGAAAGACUGAAUGGAAUGGGUAUUUUCCCCCUCUUAAGACUGUACUCUGUUUUAGACAAAGCCUCUUUCUCCUUUCAAAAAAUGAACAGAAACUUUUGGGUCAGUACAGUUCACAGUCUGGUAUAUUUGGCCUUUUUUAAACAACCCCCCACCCACAGCAAAAUCGUUGCUAUUUGUAGUCCAUUCUAUUGAUGAAGGUAUUAGGAGAGAGAUGGCAUAAAGGUAGCUACCACAGAUUAGUUGUUUUCUUUAUUAGUCUUGCAUGCAGAGUUAUGGUCCUCAGUUGAAAUAGAAUCUUGAUAUUGAUUAUUUUGUGUAGAAAAAAAUGAGUGCAUACAAGUAACUUCCUAAAACUGUUACAAUAAUUAUUGUAAAAUGGGCUAACAAAUAUGUACCCUUGUGAUCCAAUUAGUUUCAACCGUAUAAAAAUCGGGAGGAGAGGCUUCUUACUAUUAUGCUAAAAUAAAAACAUUUGUUAAGGAC